CGUCAUUACGUGCUUGAGCCUGCCCGAAAAUGUUCUCCGGUGUUGUUGGAUCUCGAGGAAGCGCAGGACUUUGCGAUGAAAUAAUACCGUCGCAUCCAUGAAGAACCGGAAAACUAACCGCGUGUUUGCAUUCUGAAGGCAUUCGCCAUCCAACGGAGUUACGAAAAAGGUCUCUUUCGGGGGACCCGAAGAGGAAGUUUGUGGGAUCGUUUUUUCACGGAGUGAUGUCGAAUCCUGGGACUCGAAGGAACGGGUCCAGCAUCAAAAUCCGACUGACAGUGUUAUGUGCCAAGAACCUCGCAAAGAAAGACUUCUUUCGUCUGCCCGAUCCUUUUGCAAAGGUUGUGGUGGACGGAUCAGGUCAAUGCCACUCAACAGACACAGUCAAGAGCACACUGGACCCCAAAUGGAAUCAGCACUAUGACCUCUACAUCGGCAAAGCAGACUCAAUCACCAUCAGUAUAUGGAAUCACAAAAAGAUCCAUAAACGGCAGGGGGCAGGCUUCUUGGGGUGCAUUAGACUUCUUUCAAAUGCCAUCAGCAGACUAAAAGACACAGGAUACCAGCGACUAGAUCUAUGUAAACUGAACCCCUCAGACAGUGACGCAGUGCGGGGGCAGAUUGUAGUGAGCCUGCAGACACGAGACCGCAUAGGUAGUGGAGGCCCAGUGGUGGACUGUCGAGGUCUGUUAGAAAAUGAAGGGCCUGUAUUAGAGGGAUGUUUUAGUGAAGAACCGCUGCCUUACUCCGACCCCACUGGUGCUGCGGGUGGCGGGAACUGCCGUCUCGACUCCCCCAGUCAAGAAAAUCGCCUUCAGACCCAGCGAAUCCGAGGGCAGGAUUCCAGAGGCCAUGGCCACACCCCUCAGAACAGACCUCACGGACACCAACCCCCGGACCUGCCCGAAGGAUAUGAGCAGCGAACAACAGUGCAGGGCCAGGUGUACUUUCUUCACACACAGACUGGUGUCAGCACCUGGCACGACCCUCGGAUACCACGGGACCUGGCCAGCGUAAGCUGUGAGGAGCUUGGUCCGUUGCCAGUGGGCUGGGAGGUCCGGAGCACGGUGUCGGGCCGGAUAUACUUUGUGGACCACAACAACAGAACCACACAGUUCACGGAUCCCCGUCUACACACCAUCAUUAGUAGCCAGCAAUCUCAAGUGAAGGAGUCCUCACAGCCCCCCCAGAUGGAUGUGGGGGUUGAAGACGGCGGAGGUGGAGGAAUGGGCGGCGGUGUCGGUGGAGACGGAGACUUGGCGGCACGCUAUGAGAGAGAUUUGGUCCACAAACUGAAGCUGCUCCGCCACGAGCUCUCCCUGCAGCAGCCCCAAGCAGGACACUGUCGAAUAGAGGUGUCUCGUGAGGAGAUCUUUGAGGAGUCGUAUCGGCAAAUAAUGAAGAUGAGGCCAAAAGACCUGAAGAAGCGUCUGAUGGUGAAGUUCAGAGGAGAGGAGGGCCUGGACUAUGGUGGUGUAGCCAGGGAGUGGCUGUAUCUGCUGUGUCAUGAAAUGUUGAACCCUUAUUACGGCCUGUUCCAGUACUCCACAGACAAUAUCUACACACUACAGAUCAACCCUGACUCCUCCAUUAACCCUGAUCACCUAUCAUAUUUCCACUUUGUGGGCCGUGUAAUGGGGCUGGCAGUUUUUCAUGGCCACUACAUCAAUGGGAGCUUCACGCUGCCCUUCUACAAACAGCUGCUCGGCAAACCCAUUCAGCUCAAUGACCUGGAGACCACCGACCCAGAGCUGCACAAGAGUCUUGUCUGGAUAUUAGAGAACGACAUCACUUCAGUCCUAGACCACACAUUCUGCGUGGAGCAUAACGCUUUCGGGAAGUUCCUACAGCAUGAACUCAAGCCUAAUGGCCGAAACAUCCCUGUGACUGAGGAGAACAAGAAGGAAUACGUGAGGCUUUAUGUGAACUGGAGGUUUAUGCGUGGAAUUGAAGCCCAGUUUUUGGCUCUCCAGAAGGGAUUCAGUGAGCUGAUCCCCCAGCAUCUCCUCAAGCCUUUCGACCACAAAGAGCUAGAGUUGAUCAUCGGCGGAUUGGGCAAGAUCGACCUAGCUGACUGGAAGACCAACACGCGACUGAAGCACUGCACGAGCGAGAGCAACGUGGUGCGGUGGUUCUGGCAGGCGGUGGAGGCCUUCAGCGAGGAGAGGAGAGGACGCCUGCUGCAGUUUGUCACGGGCUCCACCAGGGUGCCGUUACAGGGCUUCAAAGCACUGCAGGGCUCUACAGGUUCUGCAGGACCAAGGCUCUUCACCAUUCAUUUGAUAGACGCCAACACUGACAACCUACCCAAGGCACACACAUGUUUUAACAGAAUAGACAUCCCCCCCUACGAGUCUUACGAGAAGCUUUAUGAGAAACUGCUGACGGCUGUGGAGGAGACCUGCGGCUUUGCUGUGGAGUGAAAAAGACCCCCACAAGCAAAAACCAACAAACACACAGUCCACACUUGUGCUUGCACUUGCAUUCAACUCUUUUGACUUAAAAAAACAAAAAAACAACAAAAAAAACGUACCCACACAUUCAUGCACAGAACAUGGAGUAUGCACAGAGUAUGGAGGGCGGCCAAGCACGACAAGAACACAGACUGCCCGUCGCCGCCUAAACCGUCGGGAGCUACAAAGAGGAAGCACAGCAAGGAAGUCAAAUGGAAAAAAAAAAGUAUUUAAAGAAAAAUUUUUCAAAUGUUUUGAAGAAGCAUUUUUAUCUUUUUGUUUUAAACAAGCGAUGAUGUCAACUCCUCAGAAUGUCCACAGCAAACAUACUGUAUGAGCCUGCAAACAGACAACGGUGCAAUGAUGUCUGGAUGGAGAACAACGUUGCGCGACAUCCUGACUGAUUGACUCGUGUGUACUCCUUACGUUCACUUUUGACCACUGUCGUGUAUUCCGAAUGCGUCUAUGUUCGUGUGCAUGUGAGAGCGGGUGAGCGUGGCACGGUCACGCUGUAAAAAGAAAAAAGAAAAACGAUCAAAUGAGCCUCUCUUUGAUUACUUUUUGUCUCUUCCGUUUUUGUACCUGCGACCACUCUGAUCCACUCUGUUUUAUUUAUUACUAAGUGAUUACUGACCAAGCUGCUAUAUGCUCUGCAAAGAGCUCACACUAAUCUAUUCAUCCCCUCCCCCAGAGUUAAUAGGUCAACUCACUUCCAAUUCAAGUAAUCCACAAAGUGGUUUUUGAUUCAAUUCUUGACUUUAAAAACAAAAUGAUGCAGAUAUUCUUGUGAGUGUAUGUGAAGUAUUUGUGUAUUGAAUGCCUGACAUGUUAUGUUAAUUAAGGUGAAAGGGAUCAACCUUGAAAGCCCUGAUUUUAAAAAGUCUCUCCAUGGAGAGGUGGUGGUUAUUUUUCUACAUGAGCGGAGGUAAUGCAAAGGAAGAGUCAUCAGCUUCAGGAAUUUUUACGUGACGUGUAUAAUAAAAUCUUAAGCCUU